CACAGAACUACAGAGACCGUUUCUAUUCACUACAAAUCCCCCGAUCGCGCUUGGAUUACUAUAACAACUAUGACUCUGGAAGAGAUCCGCGGACAAGAGAGCACAAUGGAAAACGCAGAUAGGGUGCAAAGUGCAGGAGCAGCCCUGGAGGAGCUCCUGGUUGCUGCAAAGAAGCAGGACUACCUGACAGUUGGAGUUUAUGAAUCUGCUAAAGUCAUGAAUGUUGACCCAGACAGCGUGGCAUUCUGCGUCCUCGCCACCGAUGAGGAGUACGAGUGUGACAUUGCUCUUCAGAUCCACUUCACCCUCAUCCAGGCUUUCUGCUUCGACAACGACAUCAACGUGGUGCGCGUUAACGAUAUUGAGCGCCUGGCUGACCUCGUGGGCGCAGACGAGUCCGGCGAGCCCAAGGACGCACACUGCAUUCUUGUCACGAGCCCCAGUGCAAAUCCAUGGAAAGACCCUGCUCUGGACAAGUUGAGUCUGUUCUGUGAGGAGAGCCGCAGUGUGUAUGACUGGGUGCCCACCAUCACCCUCCCAGAGCGCUGAAGUGACAUUGACCUUAUAAUGCUUCACAUGUUGAUGAUGAAGAUGAUGAAAAGAAAGUCAAAGAGCUGGGCUUCAGUUGGGGAUGUCUAGCCUUUCUGCCUCACUUGUUUGGAUUAAGAGGCCUUGGCUGCAACCCCCUCCUGCAAGAGCGCACCCUUCCAGUGCAUUCUGGGUCAGCAUGUUGGUUCUGGAUUACCCUGAGGAAGGGUUCAAGUUCAGAGGUCAAGUGAGGACUGGGUCAUGUGUGUGUGGGACUGGUCAGAAAGUCUGAUGGGCACACAAGGAGUUGGACUAUGCUGCAAAGUACAGGAAGAGAUGAUUUGUUAUGACCCAGUGACUGCCCUAGAUAAAAGGCAUCAGGGUUUUCAGCAUAAAGGUCACAGAGAAAAAGACUGUGCAAGAAAUGGACUUAUGAAGGUGUGGAGGCUGUACUGAAUCUCAUCAGAGGGAAAUAAGAAAGAUCCUGAUCCUGAAGAGAGUACCUGAAAAUGACCUCAUGGACUUCACUUUUCUUUCCAAGUGCAGCUAUCAGGACGUUCUCACAAUAAGAUGAGACUUUUGUUUGCAAAUCCUGAUUUGAGCUGUGUCUGUAGCUGUGAGCAAAUAUGAGAAUUACACAUUUUCAUGGACUAUUAUUUUUACUUUCAAAUAAGCAGACAAAAAAGUAAUGCAAUAUUGAUUGGAAGUGUACACAUUUUCAAUGUUUUGUGAAUAAACAUUUGAAAUCAAACUCA